CGCCUCGGAGCGUCAGGCAGUCCUAGCCAGAGCUCGACCGAGUAAGGAGUACCACCGUGCCUUAAACUUCCUCUUGCAAAUACUGGUGUGUCUACGGUCUUUACGGCCUUGAGAACUUAAAAACUAUCAGUGGAUAUAAGAACUUGGACUUUUCAUAUUUGUGAAAUUGACCGUCGGUAUAAGUUAAGUGCGGCUUACACAAUUGGAAAACUCUUAGCGAGAGCUGAACUUGGUAUAUUUAAAUGACAAAUCAACCCCAAAGGCAAGUGGCCCUCACUAACAACACGAUGCUCUACAAUUCUGUUGACAACUACUACCCCACUGGUCUUGACGACAACAGCAGCGUGAGGAUGAACAAACACGAUGAGCUGUCCGACUUCUCGUCCCAGUCCAUACUGUGUGCCAUGGACCGCUUCGUCAAGGCUGUCAACAACAUGAACGAGACUGUCAUGGUCCCCUGCAGAUUACUGGAUGUGGAUGUUGAUCUUACAAAGACUUCACAGAAAGUGCCCAGCCUCAUGCGUGAGGGCGGCAAUCCCUACAACUUCUACACAGUUCUCAACUCUGUCAAGAACGACCUCAUCUGGGGUCCCACAUCCAAUGACGAAGACGACAACGAGAACAACACGGUACCAUCUUCCAACAACACUCGAUGGUCUGACCCGGCGACUGUUAUUCCCAGUACAGUUCAGGUCAAGGGUCACAUGCGGCGACAGAGUACCUUGUCCACUAUCUCCAUGUCCUCCAACACCUCCGACGGCGAGAGUGAAGGCGGAUGUGACGUGAGUGAAGGUGGAGACUCUGGAGUGGAGGGUGAGGAGGGCAGUGAUGUUGCCGCCAGUGUGAUGGACUCCCUGAGAUCACACUUGCUGGGGCUCCACUCCUGCCUCAACAACCUCACUGAUACUGCUACCUACAUCACCGAUCGCUACCAAGAAGAGGUAAAUGCGUAGACGAUCACCUUGCCAACACUAGUCACAACUACAUGGUGCUGGAGGCACUCAGCGUUGAACCAUCACCAAUAUAGAUGGUUAGCCUGGUAGUCUUUUCAGUUGGGAUAGUUCUUCCCCAGUCCAUCACUGGAAUUUGUUCUAGAUAACAAAUUGACUUUGUUUUUUAAACCUGGAGUAAUGACAAUAUACCCCGGUGGUUGUUGUGGCUCAUAAGCCACUCUGGAGGGGCAGGCUCCCCUCGCCUUGUCUGUGAUAGUGCGCGCACCCCCCCCCCCUCACUUUCCUGUAUCCCAUGCACAGUGGCUCAGACCAGCGUUCCCAUAGUUGUACCCUCAUGUUAAAUGCACAAACACCUGUCCUCCACGCAUCCCUGUUCCACAACGAAAUCUUUCAACCGUAAGAAUUCCGAUAUCUAUGGGAUUAUGAUGUCAGUGUCCCUGUUCAUUAAUCAUGUAUUCUAGGUAUUUCCUCCGAGCCACCCACAAAAUUUAACCAUUCCCGCACGCUGGACCAAUAUCAUGUGGUGUGUGGAGGGAACCUUGGAGUGGGUGGAGUAGCUGGGGCAGCGCCCGCGUGCAGCGUGUAUGUGAGGAUUCACCUGUGUGUACAUCCUCGAGUCUUCGCACGACCUUGUACACACACUUGCGCACAUGUGUUUCAUGCAUAUUGUAUGGGAAAUGAUUAUUAUGGUAGUAUUAGUUAAUUAUUUUGUAUUGUAUUGAUUUAAGUCAUUCAUAUAUAAUUAAAAGUGUUUUGUAAA